UCUGCGGCUCCAGCAACGAUGUGGUUGUCCUGGACCGGGUCAAGAGAAAGAACUCUGUGAGGCGGAUGUCGAUCAUUGAGGAUGGUGAACUAGCUGAGGUCCUUUACCUUAUUCCCAAACAGUCAAUGAUGGAGCAGCUGCCUUUUCUCAACCCCAACGAGUACAUUCUGUGUGAAAAGCUGGCCUCUACACCCGCAGAAAUAACAGGCUUGCUGCAUAGUCACGAUGGCCUCCACCCAGGCUCCCCAGGGGGGAAGCGUGUCAUCCAGUGCUUCAGGUGUGGGGAACCUUGCAAAGGAGAGGUGCUGCGGGUCCAGUCCAGCUACUUCCACAUAAAAUGCUUCUCAUGCAAGGUGUGUGGCUGUGACCUGGCUCAGAGCGGCUUCUUCAAUAAGAAUGGCGACUACCUAUGCCCACUGGACUUCCAGAGGCUCCAUGGCACGCUUUGCAGCAGCUGUGGGGAGUUUGUGGAGGGAGAGGUGGUCACAGUCCUGGGGAAAACCUACCACCCAGCAUGCUUUGUGUGCACUAUUUGCAAACAGCGCUUUCCUGCGGGGGACUGUGUCACCUUCAGUGGGAAAGACUGCCUCUGUCAGCGCUGUAUUCGACCCAAGUCUCCUUCUCCUAACAAUGUCCGCUAUCCCAGCAACUGCUCUGGCUGUGGCAGAGACAUAAAGAAUGGACAGGCUUUGUUGGCGAUGGCAGGCCAGUGGCACCUCGGCUGCUUCAAGUGUAAAAUCUGCAAGAAAGUGCUGAGUGGAGAAUAUAUCAGCAAAGAUGGUGUUCCAUAUUGUGAGAGAGACUACCAGAUUCAGUUUGGGGUACAAUGUCACGGAUGUCGUAAAUUUAUCACUGGAAAAGUCUUAGAGGCGGGGCAAAAACAUUAUCACCCCAGCUGUGCCAGAUGCAACCGAUGUGACAGAAUCUUCAAAGAAGGUGAAGAAAUGUUUCUGCAAGGAAAAACUAUUUGGCACCCUUACUGCAGAGACAUCAGCAGCAGAAGUGAGGACAACUACAGGCCCACAUCCUCAUCUGAAAGCUCGUCCUCCAGGCCGGGCUCGUGCACUCCAGGAAGUCCUGGUCGUACUCUCUGUGCAAAAGUAGACAAUGAGAUCAUUGAUUACCGAGACUUAGCGGCAAUUCCCAGAGUCAAGGCUAUAUUUGAUAUAGAGCAUCCUGAUAUGAUAUCUUAUAAGAGUGUCAACGACACCCCCUCUACUUUGGACAACAAGGGUCACAGACAAGACAGGCAAAUCCCUGCAGAGUCUCCAGGGAAUGAUUCUGAAUCCACAGAGGAGAGUUUAGAAAUAAGAAAGUACAUACCAAAAUCUACAAGUCAUGGAACUUUUGGGGCUCAUUCGAUUUACAAUCGUCACAGCUACACCCCGACUCUGUCCAGAUCGCCUCAACACUUCCACAUGCCAGGGUUGAAGCCCUCUCCCUCUUUAUGCUCUGACAACAAUGACACCCGCCCCACCUCCCCUUUAGUUCAAAACACCCUCCCUCACACCAAAGAUGAAGGCUUCAACAUGUACAGGAGGCCUCCAAUUUACAAGCAGAAAGAUCCUAAUUCCCCCACAGCCCAAACACUGUCCCUGCCUGGAUACGGUCGCAUCAGUCAGCCUCGAUCAGCUGAUUUCUCCAAUUACAACACUGACAGAUUCAGAGACUUUAAGCUCAACCAUGACGGUCAACAUCCUUUAACAUACAUGGACAGAGGAAUGUCAAUGCCUAACUUGUUGGAACCAAAAGUCUACCCAUAUGAAAUCCUCACAGUUGUUAAUAAAGGGCGAGUGAAGCUUCCCAGGGAUGUUGACAGAACAAGACUUGAGCGUCACCUAUCCCGUGAUUCAUUCUUUGAGAUCUUUGGCAUGGAUAUUCAAGAAUUUGACAAACUGCCACUCUGGAAACGUAACGACAUGAAGAAGUCAGCAAAUCUCUUCUAAACUGCUGCCCAAAGCACUUUGUAACUUAUUGUCAUAAUGCAAGAACUAAUUUUGCAUCAAAGCUUUUUCCUGUGGGUUUAAAUGGGCUACCCUAAAAAUAAUAUUAAACUUGUUAUACCUCAAAUAUACAAACAUGAGAACUCAUCUUAGCUACUCAGAAACAUUUACAUGAGACUAAUCAGUUUACUAUUGUGUUUUUUAAUCUAAUUAAGCAACCAAUGUCAGAGCACUCUUACAGCAUGAACGCAGUAAUUAGAAGCCUUUGUAUAUAUUUUUACCCUUCUUGAAUAAUACUCAUAUAUGCUGCAGUGACAGGGUAUGUAUGACAUCAGCAUGUUACUCUCAUACAGGAUUUGUAUUGCUUUCAUUAAGAUGGAUGAAUACAGGAUGCAUUUUACCUUUAUUGUCAUGGUAACUAUGGUUCACCAUAUUAUUUUGCUACUCCUGUUGGAGGACACUUUGUCUUUGAUUUUAUGUUUUGCUCUGGCUUGUCUGUUACAAUUAUCACAGUAUAUGUUACACUUUUCUCCCAUUACACCACUUCAAGCGCCCUAAAAUAAAAUCUGACUUUUCCUACA